AUGGAUAUCGAGCGGCAGUCCCCUACUUCCAAACAGUUCUUGAAUACCACUGUUCGCAACAUCAGCUGGCAAGGUGUUACAGUCACGGUCAGCGAUCGCAAGCUUGGACAAACAAGAACCAUUCUCCAAAAUGUUGAAGGAAUUGUAGAAGCUGGAGAGCUCUGUGCAUUGAUGGGACCUUCAGGCGGCGGGAAAACAACCUUGUUGAACGUCCUAGCCCGAAGACCCAGUAGAGGGAUGAAGGUUGAGGGUAAUAUCCUUGUCAAUGGAAAUCCCAUGUCACGGUGCAAUUUUCGUCAAAUUAGCCGUUUUGUUGAACAAGAAGAAGCGCUCACUGGAUCUCUUACUGUAUCCGAGACCCUAUGGUUUACCUCAAGACUUGCUUGUUCAGGAUUAACCGCAGAUGACCGCCUAACUCAAAUCAAGACUCAUAUUGAAUCACUUGGCCUUGUUAACCAGGAAGCUACAAUAAUUGGCACACCGAUGCGGCAGGGGAUUUCAGAUGGCCAAAAGAGACGCUUAAUGGUGGCAAGGCAGCUUAUAGCAUUGCCCAAAAUUCUAUUCCUCGACGAACCUACUUCGGGCCUUGACUCUGCCGCCAGUUAUGAAGUAAUUUAUUAUUUGAAAAAAUUGGCGCAGCAGAAUAACAUGAUUAUUAUCUGCUCUAUCCACCAGCCUGCUACCUCAACUUUCAACAUUUUCAAUAAGCUCCUAUUGCUUUCAGCCGGGAAACCUCACUUUUUUGGUGCUGUGGCCAAUGUAAUUCAGUAUUAUAGUGAUAUUGGCAUUGAAAUCCCUCACCGAGUUAACCCUGCUGAUUUUAUCUUGGAGCUCGUGAAUAUUGACUUCUCUCGAGAUAAAGCCGCUGCAAUCCAAAAGCUUGAUGAGCUUCAGUGCUUAUGGCAAAAGUCUACUAGCGCUAAAAACCUCCACGCCAUAAUUGAACGCCAUGAUCUCGAAGAUGAAAAUCUGAAUAUACAGAUGGGGCUGAGACCUAGCAAGCUCGAUAAAAUAGUUACGCUAUUGCAUCGGAGCUUCAUCAAGUCCUAUCGAGAUCCAAUGGCCUGUGCAAUUCGGCUCGGAUUUGCCAUUGGCUUUGCUAUAUUAACCGGCACAGUAUGGCUACGCCUCGAUCACCACCAAGACUCGAUUCAGACCCUAACCACGGAGCUCUACUUUAUACCAUGCUUCAUGUCACUGUCGGCAAUUAUUUCUGCACCUGCGUUCCUCGAGGAUCACGCACAAUACAUAGUGGACUUUCGCAACGAUCUAUAUGGCGUUACCGAAUUCCUGCUUUCGAACUUUAUCGUCGGUAUAUUAUAUAAUAUUUUCCUAAGUUUUGUAUUUUCAAUCACCUGUUAUUGGUUAUCCAACUUGGCAUCCUCGGCUACCGCCUUUUUCACAUGGGUUAUGUGGAUUUUUCUUACAACACUGGCUGCCGAAGCUCUUGUGGUAUUUGUAAUUUCCAUAUUUCCCAACUUUAUCUUCACGAUAGGUAUGGCUUCGUUUCUCAACAGUCUGCUACUGUGUGCCCAAGGGUUUUUUAUCCCAAUCUCAAAAUUAAACGCAUUUUACAAGUAUGGGCUUCAUUAUUGGGACUUUCUUGCGUACUCGUUCGAAGGAUUAAUGGUCAAUCAAUUCAGCAAUGCGAUUUACAGCUGUGACGAAAAUUGUCGUUGUUUAUAUGACUCUCCAUUAGCAAAGGACUGCCAGAUUGCUGGCAGCGGGAUAUUACAUGAGUACGGUUUCAACCAAGCAAGACAAUUGAGGAGCAAAGUAGGUGUUAUAAUGGCUAUUAUUUUAGGUUAUCGAUUGGCAUCAUGGAUGAUUCUGAAAUUGAAAAGCAAGGUGCUUCACUAA